AUGAGAACUCAAAAGGCCUUUAACGGAAAGGGCGCGAGCCAACCGCCUACCUUGGGGACGCAGGGAUGCAAAGAGCACCGGAUAACCGCCUACGAAACCGUGGCGGGAGAUGUCCUCUUCGGCCCCCGUACGCCCAACGAACACCCGACCGUGGGCAAGCUGUCCGGCAUCAACUCCACCUCCUGGGAGCAGUGGGUGUUUGACAGCGUGUCCGAGACGGGGUCCAGCGGCAUCUUCCUGUCCCUCGGCCGGGACGCCUCCUACUACUUCUUCGGGCAGGGCAACCUGCACGUCGAGUUCUACGCCCUCCUGGACGACGGGACCAAGAUCCAGGAACUGGCCUUCGUCGAAGCGUCCUCGGUCUACGACUGCGGUGAUUUCGUGGCAAGUACGUGGACGUCAAGCAGCCACGCGUUUGAGUUCCGCGUGCCCAAAGACGCGGGAGCCGGCGGCGGCGGCAGCGGCGUCGGUGUCUCCACUUUUGCCGUGCGCACGCCGAAGUUCCGCGGCAACUUUCUGCUACUUGGCACGGCCCCGGGACACUUCCCGGAUGGGGCCUUGCGUGCGUCGGCGGGCAGCAGCUCUACGCAGCUGGCGUCGGGGCUCCAUAUGCACAGCACCAUCCCCGCAGCCCAGGUCCGGGGCAACAUGACGUUCAAGGGCCGCGAGUUAUCGUACUCCGGCGUAGGCGGCCACCUGCACCUGUGGGCCAUCGACAACUGGUUCAAGAUCAUUUGGGGUUUCCGCAUCCUCCGCGGCUCCGCCGGACCCUUUUCCUUCUUCUACUGGGAGCCCACGUCGCGGGUCGGGGGCAGAGUCCCGCACUACACAGCCGUUCUGUUCAAACACGGCAAAAAGCUUGUCUCGACACAAGCCACCACCCCCCCGUCGCAUCAACCACAACAGGGCGGAGAUUAUGUUAGAGUCUCGGCAACCCAGCAUGGCCGCGGAGCACGGGCUUUCGUCGUCGGCCGCCCGGCCUCGACGGGUCAUGUCGUCGAAUUCUGGUCCGCCGGCGGAGGGCACUGGCGCUUCGAGUUGGAGCACCAGCACGUUCAGGUCCAAAUGCCAUUCGGUAGAGACACGGGCCUCGCGGUUUUCACCAACCGCGUCUUUGGAGGAGAAGUUGGCGGCUGCCAAUACUUGGGGAGCGCAUUUUCCGAGGAAGCGGAUUUCCCAGAGACUCUUGCUCAAUGGAAGAUCUGGCUUGUCUACGGCAUUGGAAUGGUGGGCCAGAUGAAGGCGCGGGUGACGAGCUGGCUGAGUAGUUUGGGUUUGGAAUCGUCCAACUGA